GAUAUUGAUAAACCGCAACAUAACAUGUCUGCGCCCAUGGAAAUGGCCGAGUGAACGCAAACGUGUUUUGGUGUUUUGUUUGUUAAGAAUCUGAUUACAAACCAUGGCGAAAAUGAGUGCGUCCGAGGAAAAGAUGCUGAUGCUUCAGCAUCAUAUGAGAGAAAACAACAUGGACCUCGAAUCCUUCGUCAAAGACAUGAAUAAAUGGGAAGAUGAUAUUAAAGAGAAAGAGAAGAAAUUAAAGAGUGAAAAAUCUUUGAAAGAAAAGGAUUUGCCUCCAGUAAGAAACAGUUUAAAAAUAAAGAAGAAACGGAGAGUUCCACCACAGCAGCAUGAGGGAAAGAGCGAGGAGAGAAAACCUCGGAAGAGAAUCAGUGGUUACGACUACAGAGCCUGGGAUAAACUGGACAUAGACAAAUUGUGUGAUGACGUAGAGAUUGAAGAGAAGUCCGAUUCAUCAGAAUACGAAACAGACGAGGAAUGGGAGGUGGAGAGAAAGAAACAGCAGGCAGCGAUGGAGAAAGACUCGGGAAACGAGUACUUCAAACGAGGGGACUACACCAAUGCUAUUGAAUCUUACACCAAGGGCAUGGGGCUGGAUCCCACCAAUCCUAUCCUGCCAGCCAACAGGGCCAUGGCUCUGCUUAAAGAACAGAAAUACGCUGCUGCUGAGAUGGAUUGCAUGACGGCUCUGACUCUAGACCCCCUGUAUGUUAAAGCCUACCUCAGGCUGGGAUCAGCUCAGUACUUCAUGAAAAAGUUCCACAAGGCCAAGGAAACAUUUGAGAAAGUUCUACAACUAGAAGCACAGAAUAAACAGGCCAAAUUAGAGAUCGAGAAGAUUGAGAAGGAAAUGAAGAAGGAACAAAUGGUGGCCCCAGACAGUUCAGCACCUGAUGCAGGUCUGGUGAAACCAAUCACAAAGCCCCCAAAUAAAAGAUCAAAGAAACCAUUGAGGAGGUUGGAUAUUGAGGAGAUUGGAAUUGAAGAAACGGACACACGACAGGCAGCUAGAUCUCGUGUGGAAGAGAGCCACAGCCAGCAAAGGAUAGAAACAGAAUCUAAAGACAAUCAAAUGUUUGCCAAGUUCACAACCCCAGGCAUGAUAAAUGCUAGAUCCACCCCACAAACUCUCAAAGAAUCUAAACCUGUGAUAUCUAAUGAUAAUUCAGCUAAAUCUCAAAGUGAUACCAAGUUGGAUUUAUCAAGUGUUCAGAAUGGGACUAAAGCUUCUGUCAGCCCCAGAUCAGAGGGAAAGUCACUGUCACCCAGAAGUUUUCCUGUCCCAGCAUCUUCAUUCCAAUUUCAGUCAGAUUACAAAGUUCUGAAGAAUGAUACAUCUUCUUUUUAUGAUUAUUUAAAGAUGAUAGACCCAACACUGUAUCCGAAGCUGUUUGGAGAAUGUUUAGAUGCAGAAAUUUUGAUGAAAAUGUUGAAAGUAUUUCAAAACUUUUAUAAACCAGCCGGUGAAGAUUAUUUCCUACACAUGAGUAAGCUGACGGAAGUGAAGAGGUUCGGUAUGACGGUGAUGUUUUUCUCCAGAAAAGAAAAACAAGUGCUUCAAGAUUUAUUUGAGAAUAUGAAAGAAAGAGGAAAUGUGCCUGAAAGUGAUCUGAAAUUGCUAGCAACAAAAUAUGGGAUCAGCUGACGAAUUCCAGCACACAAGACUUUUCUCAUGAUUUCCUGCAUAAUUAAAAGAAAUAUUAAAG